AUGCCCUCCGCCACCGCAGCGCCCGGGGCGGCACAUGUCCCCCUCCCGCCCUCCUUCAACGCCUACCGCAUCCUGUCCCUCCCCGCGCCCUUUGCGCAUUCGUCGUCGUCCUUCUCCUCCACACCGACCACCCUCUCCGCCUCGACCGUCAAGGCCGCGUACCGCCGCGCACUUCUCACGCACCACCCGGACAAGCAGCCUGCCUCAUCCCCAUCGUCAUCAUCAUCGUCGCCCCAGCACGGCGCCCCGCCGAGCGGCCAAAAUCCCCGGCGGCGACAGCAGCAGCAGCAGCAGCAGCAGCAGCAGGGCGGCAAGGGCAGGGGCUACACCGUCGACGACGUCACGCUCGCGUACAGGACGCUGCUCGAUCCCGCCGCGCGCGCGGCGCACGACCGGUCGCUGCGGCUGAGGUCCAAGCCCGGCUUCAGGGCGACGGCAGCGGGGGCGGAUGGAGACGGAGGAGGAGGAGAAGAAGAAGGGGCGGAGGAGGAGGAGCAGGAGCAGUGGCGGCUCGGCCUCGAGGCGGUGGAUCUGGACGACCUGGCGUACGACGGGGACGGGGACGGGGACGGGGACGGGGAUGGGAACGAUGAGGGUGCCGAGGGCGGAGGUGGUGGCGGCGGCCGGUGGUGGCGUGGCUGCAGGUGCGGAGAGGACAAGGGUUUCGUUGUGGAUGAGACGGCGUUGGAACAGGCUGCCGCCGCUGCGGGAACCGGGGUUGGGGAGGUGCUGGUGGGCUGCGUGGGGUGUAGCUUGUGGAUUCGCGUCGAGUUUGCCGUUGCUGAGGAUUGA